AUGUCGGGUUGCAAGAAAAUCUCUGUCCCAUGCAAUUCUUCGUACAAUUCUCUCUACCAUAAUCCCCUUAUUGACAAGAAACACAACCGCAGCUCGAGCGAAGGUGGCAAUAUGAGGCGGUGUUUAGCUUCUAUUAUUAAUGAAGACAAAGAAAACGCAUUGCCGAGUGCUAUAAUAGGCAAAAUGUAUGGAGAUGGAAAAGAAAAUGUGGUACCCAAUAUUGAACACAAGACUCUGGCGAAUGGGAAAUCUCAGAUGAAGGAUAGUGUAUUUAAGCAAUCUUCACUUCAAUCGUGUGUACAGAAGAACGUGUCUGAUUCGAUAAUCGGAUUGAAAUAUUGGGAACCCGUUGAUUCAGAAAACUCGAAUUCUGUCAAUAUAUGGGAUUAUUCGGAUUCGGAAGCUGCCCCUGCUGCCCCUUGGUCAACUUUGCCAAACAGGUCUUUGCUGUAUAGGCCUUUGCCAGUGGAUGUUGGGAGGUGUACUUGUGUCAUAGUGAAAGAUUUCUCUCCUGAAGGACUUGAUGGGGGCGCUCUUUACACUCUUUAUACAAAUGAGGGCCAGGGGCGACAAAACCGUAAACUUGCUGUGGCUCGUCACAGAAGGCACAAAGGAAGAUCAGAGUUCAGAAUUGCUCAAAAUGAAAAGGGAAUAAUGAAUUCAUCUGAUGACAGUUUAAUUGGUUUUGUUACAGCUAAUAUUUUAGGUUCGAAAUACCAUGUAUGGGAUCAGGGAAAUCGUCGAAAUUCCUUGACCAAACACUCUAAAUUAUUGGCUGCGGUGAAAUUCAUUCCUACGGUAUCCACUUGGACUGGAAAUUGCAGGUGUAUGAAUGCAUGGAUACCAAAGCACCAAUCUAUGCAGUUAAAGAAUACAAACCAGAUACAACAUAUCAAUGGACUGCCCAUAGAAUGGGAGGGGAAGAAGGACAAGGUACACCAGCUAUUUUCAAGGGUUCCUCAAUAUAAUAAGAUUUCGAAGCAGUACGAAUUGGAUUUCAGAGAUAGAGGAAGGGCAGGUCUUAAAAUCCAAAGCUCGGUGAAGAAUUUCCAAUUAACUUUAGAGAGGAAUGGAAGACAGACAAUUCUUCAACUUGGAAGGGUGGGAAAGUCCAAGUAUGUGAUGGAUUACAGAUAUCCAUUGUCUGGUUAUCAAGCCUUUUGCAUUUGUUUGGCUUCUAUUGACUCAAAGCUUUGCUGCACUGUGUAA